GCUCGUUGCGAGAGUUCCAUGUCCAUAAUCAACAAAAACAACUGAGCCAUGUCGGAUCCGGGUUCUCACUUCCGAUUCUUCAUAUUGAUCCAACGACCCUCUUAUCAAGCUCUCCCGCAUAAAACCUCUUCUUCUUGUUUGUAGCAUUUUGAAAAGUGAAUUUUGGUGAUAUAAAAAAAAAAAGAUGCCAGACACCCAAGCUCUAGUCAAUGAUUUUCUUAACAAGCUCAAGAAACGUAAGAUUGAGGGUUCACAGGCAACAGCAAAGCAGACAGCGGAACUGCUUCGGUCGGUGAUUUCGCAGACGCGAGUGCCGUAUACGAACCAGGCUGGAGCUUUGAUUGAUUCUGUGAAGGCUGUUGGAGAACGGUUAAUUGCUGCAAACCCUGUCGAGCUUGCUGUGGGUAAUAUUGUGAGGCGUGUUUUGCAAAUUAUUAGAGAGGAGGAUCUUUCUUUGACAACAGCUGCUAUGGCUGGAUUGAACUUAUCAGCUGUAAGUGAUGAUGAAGAUGAUUCUGGUCGAAAUGACCACCCGGUAUUAUCUGCUGCUGCUGUUGCUGCUGCUUCUAGAAGCACUUUGCGUCCACCUUCCUUGCGGACGCUAAUUGAGGAUGUGCCUGACUCUACAGCAAUUCCUCAUACUUCUUCUUCUGGAGGAGAUUCUGAAGGAAAAAGCAAAUCUGCCGAUAAAAGUUCCAGAAGUCGGAAGUUAAAGCAUGAUGUCAUUGAAGCAGUCAAUGAGCUUAUUCAAGACAUUAGUACUUGCCAUGAACAGAUUGCCGAGCAAGCAGUGGAGCAUAUACAUCAAAAUGAGGUGAUAUUAACUUUAGGCAGUUCAAGAACUGUGCUGGAAUUUCUUUGUGCUGCAAAAGAGAAGAAAAGAUCAUUCCGGGUAUUUGUUGCGGAGGGUGCUCCAAGGUAUCAGGGACAUCUUCUUGCCAAAGAAUUGGUCACAAGAGGUUUACAGACCACCCUAAUUACUGACUCUGCAGUUUUUGCCAUGAUUUCCCGAGUAAACAUGGUUAUUGUUGGAGCUCAUGCUGUCAUGGCUAAUGGUGGGGUCAUAGCACCUGUCGGGCUGAACAUGGUUGCACUUGCUGCUCAAAAGCAUGCUGUUCCAUUUGUCGUACUUGCUGGCAGUCACAAGUUAUGCCCACUGUAUCCACACAAUCCUGAAGUCUUACUGAAUGAAUUGCGGUCCCCAUCUGAGUUGCUGGAUUUUGGAGAAUUCUCAGAUUGCUUGGAUUUUGGAAAUGAAAUUGGUGCCCCUCUUCUUCAUGUUGUUAAUCCAGCAUUUGAUUAUGUGCCACCAAAGCUUGUUAGUCUCUUUAUAACCGACACUGGAGGGCAUAAUCCAUCAUACAUGUACCGGCUGAUUGCUGAUUAUUACUCUGCUGAUGAUCUAGUAGUGCAACGAAGGUCUACUUCAGGGAAUUAAGUUUACAGUACUCAGAUAUACUUGUAAGUGCCUUUUCAGCCUAUGGAGAAAGAGAAAGGGUUCGGGUUUCAUGGUGCUCAAUUAUCAGUUCCAUGCUAAGAUGUUAUACUGUAAAAGCAUGUAUUCAAGUUUUUGAAUAUUUAAAAAUCCAUUAAUAGCUUAAGGUAAAUGCCUAUGAUUAGCUUCAAACUUGGUCCUAACCGAACUUAAAUCAAAUGUUUCUGCAGUUUGUGGAGUUAUGAGAUUCAUGUUAGAGAAUAUGAAACUGCAUUGAGCAUUUUUAUUGCUGGAGGAAACUUUGUUAAAUCAUUAAUAAAAGUACAAAGUCGAGAGAAACAAAAGAAAGCCAUUUUUGUGAUUAAAGAGGUUAAUAGGGCUUAGGAAGUAGAAAUGCAUUGGGAGAGAAACGGAGAAACCAAGUGAGGGUAAUUUUUGUAUCGCCAUGAAAUUCCUCAGUGUGUCCUGUAUAAGAAAUCAUUCAUGGACUAUUGUUGUAUUAGAUUUGGCUUGAAGCUUGAUGGUGGGGAUAUAGUUCUGUAUUGCAUUUUUACUUAAAAUUUUCAGAAAUUUCAAAUAAUCUCGAUACAGCAGUAACAAUUGUGGGAACAUUCA